UGUUCUACACUUGGCUUCUCCUUACCUAAGAUAUAUAUGUUGUUUUACUGUCUUUGGCUUUCUGUCUCUAUUCAUAUCACCUAUUUUGGAAGGUUAUGGAAGCAAACUUUCAAAAGCACCGUUCUAAUUCAUAUCAAAAAGACGAGUCCAUUGAGGAUAUGACACAGGGUUAGUGAUAAGGAGGCUGGUGUUAAAUUUAGUAUUCUGUAACUUUGUCUCAGCUAAGGACAGCACUGUGACCAUCCAUCCACUGAAAAACUUGGACAUAAAAGAGCAGAAAGACCCAGUUUGUGUUUCCAUAAGGCAAAUGAAUGUAAAGCUGCAUAUUCUAAAGGAGAAAGUCAUUCAGAGAUGUUGCAAAUCGAUAAGAAAUGGUAACCAAAAGAACUUGCUUACCUCUUUUAUAUACAAAGUUAUUGUUUUAAUCAUAUUAUUGAUGAACCAUAUGGACAAUGCAGGAGAAUAAGAAACAGACAGAUGGACAAAGUGACUCCUCCAGCAUUGGGAGUCUCCUAGAUGACACAGAUAGAGAAGUUUGCAGUCUCACUGAUCGAGCCUUCAAAAGUCUAUGUGUGGCUGAGCUUGAAACAUCUUACAUGGAAUCUGCUCCAAGUGUGCCAAACAACAACCCCCAUCAAUUAUCUAGCACAUUUUUCCAAGGUGCAUGGAACUACACUAUCAAGGAAAAUACUCUCUCACACAAGCAAUUGCCAAAAGCUGAGAAGCAAUCAACAUUCCAGCAGUUUCCCAAUGAUUCUCAAGAAAAUAAAAAGGCUUCUACAAACAUAAGGAAGAAUUUGGGUUUAUCGGUGCCUGGACUGUGCAAUUACAAACAUACCUCAAAAGUGUCCUCUUUGAUAAAAACAUUUGAUAAAGCUGAGAAUGAAGCAUCACUAGCUCUAACCAAACACCCAAAUAAGAAUAGUUUGAAAAAGUGUCCAGUAAUUUUUGGACACAAUAUCACUUUCUUGGGUAGCAAAACAAUUCUUAAUAUUCAAAAGGAACUCUCUGAAUUUUCUGACACAUCCCAAGAAGUGGCAAAUGAAAAUGGCACACAUGAGGUGCACAAGAGACACAGCAAAAUGGAUCUGAUCUGUCAGGGUCCAUAUAGUUUUUAUUUUUCUCAGGCAGAUGCCUGUAAGUCUAAAAUCUCUUGUGUCUCUAAAAUGACAGUGAAAAGCAGAACUGAGAAAGCAAAAGAACCAGCAAGAAAGGGCAGAUUUCUCCACAGUGAAAACAGUGCCUUUGAAUCAUGGAAUGCUCAUCACAAAAAACUGUCUAAAAUUGGUGGCUCUACUGAAAUUAUACCCAAAGAAGGAAAUCCUGCAUACUUUGAAGAAUCCUGUAUUUCUAAACAUAAUGUAACUGACAUCACAGUUCCUGGAAUUUUAGAACAAGAUUUCUCAGAUGCUCUUUCAGAAAAGUCUGAAGUUUCUCUCUCUUCUGUAGCUGUACCCAAGAUAUCUUUGCCUAAAGGUGAAGACACUGUUUCACAGAUCUUGCUACCCCAAGGUUCUACACCAUCACCACCAGUAUGCAAGAUUCCUAUAUCACUAUCCCUCCCAUCCCUCCCAUCCAAAGAUCCUUCUCUACUACCAUUGGCUCCCCAGACUGAAGUUUUAACAGUACCACUAUCAAAGGUUCCUAUUUCACUGUCUCAGACCUCUGUUCCACCAGUAACAGCAUCCGAUGGCACUGAUAAACAAAUGCUGGUGCCACGUGUUAUUUUAUUGCCAAAAAAGGCUAGUAGUCCAGAACUGGAAAAUGUUUGUCCACCCUGGAGGAAACAAAAGCUUGCCUUUGGGGAAAUGGAAGUGGUUCAGGAUAUUGCAAAUCAAAUGUUCAAAAGGAAGGAUUCACCAUAUAGAAAGGUACCUGAUUUCACUCUUUUGACUGAAGCAGCUGGAUUUGAUUCGCCCAUAGCUGUGUCUGUUCCCUCCAGUUCUUCUUUCAACAUCUCAAAACUUUUAACUCCAGUUAUACUUCAAGAGAAAGAUGAAGCAGAAAGGCAAUUAUUACUAGUAACUCCUCCCAUAUCUGACAAUGGAGCAGCCAACGAAACAACUCUUUGUUGUCCUCAGAACAAUUAUAAAUCGAAAGCACCAAGUUUAUUAUUUAACCUAAAAGAUAUCCGAAAACGCGUGAAAAGCACUUACAGUCCUUCUCGUCUCCUAAGAGCCACUGAAAACAAAAAAUGGACUAAAGAACAAGAUAACAAAAAAGCAAGUGUUAUAGCAGUCAGUGCGCCACAAGAAGAUAGUAAAAAAUUAGUCGACAAUAGUGAUAAUGAUCAUCACAUCUCCAAACAAACAGACAAUACCCAUGAAAACAGCACUACAACUAACUUAAAUGGAAAUUAUCUUAUUCCAACUGCACCUAGAUCAAAGGCAGAUUCUCUGAUUUACACAAAUAGGAAUAAUUUAAGGCAACAUACUUCAUUGGAUAUAGAAAACUUUAAUAUGGUCUCUGGGACUGCACUGCACCCAGCUGAAAACGGUUUAAGACAAUAUUCUCCUAUAUCCAAUUGUUUCCUUGGAGAGGUAACAACUGAGCAGGAUGUGUACCUGAAAAAUCAUUAUUUGCAGGACUCUAAAAAUGAAAAAACUGUUAUAUGUCACAGUUCUGAUGUGGGACCCCAAGCAUCCCCACAUUUAAUUAUUACUGCUGAAGAAAAUAUGAUUAACAACCAGAGUCAAACAUGUGCACUACCUGGGAAUGAACAGAAAGGGAAAAGGAGCACCAGCUCUUCUGAGCAAUCCUUCAUAUCCAUAACAGACCAACCAUCUAAUGAGAUGAACUGUUCUCUAAUGCAGCUCUUUCAGAAAGCAUGCCUUCAAGAAAGCCAGAGGAAGAAGUUUGACAUGAGUGUGGAGGAAAAGCCAAACAAUAAAGAAAAAGAGGAGUUAGGAAGGAAGGAAAAAUUAUAUGACUCCCUUCUUAGUGACUACAACUGUUAUAUGGAUAGGAAAUGUGAAAGGAAAAAAGAGCUUAGUGAAAAUGGAAAUGCAGUACAAGAAGUAGUGGUGAAGGAGAAGAAAGAAGACAGAUGGAAAACUAUAGAUUCUGCAUCAGAAGGCAAGUCAGAAGAACCACUGACAUUAACUUCAUUAAAUUCAUGCAAGCCCAAUUUAUUCAUGAUUAAAGACAACACAUUCAAAUCAUCACCUGUGAUAAAAGCAGUCAAAUUGCCCCUGCUCAGGUCUUUUUCCUGUGAAGAUGCCACUGCUGGUAGUCAUAGUGAGACUGAAAAACAAAAUUAUGGGCCAAUGCAAGCCAUAAUGAGUACUGAAGAGGUGGACUUGUCUUUUUCCAGAAUGAGAAGCCAACAGAAAGUAGAGGAUGCUGGAACAGACAGAAAUACCAACGAAUCAAGUGUCAUCUCAUUGAAAGUAGAUUAUCAACUGGAAGAAAGCAGUAACCCAACAGCAAAAUAUACUCUUACCGAAGGACUAGGAAGUAUCAUAUCCUUGGUGGAAUAUGAUGGUGGUGGUGGUGGUGAUAGAGGUAAUAGUAUAUCAGUGCUAUCAGGAAAAGAUUUGAAAAUUAGUGAAAAAUUGGUGAAAGAAAAGGUCAGAGCUGGGGAACUGAAGCUUAAUCCUGACAGUCAACCAAAUCUUGCUUUUUAUGGUGAGUUAACACAAGACAAGCAAAAAUCUCCUACAAGAGAAAAGGCAAAUUAUUCUAAGAAUCACCUCAUUUCUAAACACAGAGGUAGUUUCUGUGUGAAAAAAAUAAUCAGCCAAGAGACAAGAUCCCCGGUUGUUUCUGAUAAUCCAACAUCAUCUCCUGCCCUCAGUGAUACUAUUGAAGACAUUUCAGCUACAACAGUUAGCCUGUCAAAUUCUACACUGCCAAGUACAAGGUCAGACAGUGUGGUGUCAUCUGCCUUCACAAGUCCAUUGACAACUACAAUGGCAGUCUUCAAUGUAUCACAAGCUGAAAAAAUAACUAAUGCUUCUGUGCUAAACAAAGCAAUAGAGAGUAAAGAUAAUCCUAUCAUGGAAAUAUUUAAUCCUAUACAGAAUUAUAUAUCUGAAGAUGCUAACCAUUCUCCUGUGACAAAUGAAAAAACUCAGCUAAUGGCACACAUGGCAAAGACUGCAGCUAAACCUCCAGCUGUACCACCAAAAACAGAAAAGGCAUUACGGAAGGCAAAGAAACUAGCAAACAGGAGGAAGAAAACAGAGACACAACAGAAAAGGCUUCAGGAAAAACCUACAUUACACUCUGAAGAUACUGCACAAUUGUCAUUUGUUCAGUCUCCACUCUCUCCAGCAUGUCCCAGUUCUCCUUUGACUCCCUCAGAUUCUAACCUGGUAGGACUAUGUACCACACCAUUAAAUCCCACACCUUCUUUACCUACAACCAAGCGUAAACUCCUUCAGGAUCCAGACUCAGGAGAAUAUUUUAUUAUAGAUUUACCAAUUCAACUAAAGACUUUUUAUGACCCAGAAAGUGGCAGAUAUGUUCAACUGUCAAUCUCUUCUUCAGAAAGGAACUUGUCGCAAACACCCACUUCAGAGAUUCCUAGUUCUCCUUAUAUCUUGUCCCCCAACACUCUCCCUCUCAGAGUUUCAUCUGUUCCAGUUUUGGCAUCUCCAUCACAGCUUUCUGAAACAGCUUCAUCUUUACAAGGAACACUUUUGAAUUCUACUUUGAAGUGGCAACUAGCAGGCCAGUGUCCAGGUGGUCAACCCUGUGACGCUCAUGGUCAAGAAGGUGAUGAGUCACAAUGUAACUUUGAAAAAGAUGGACAUCACUCAGCUAAUGCUGACAUAAUUUCUGUGGGUGCUAUUGAAGAUUUUGUUGUUGAAGGUAUAUUGUGAGAGUAUAAGAUGUUCACCAUUACUGUAUAUGUCUCUCUGUGUGUAUGUAUGUGCGUGUGUAUGCACACACAUGCACAUGCAUGUAUGUAUAAUAUGCCCUGACACUUGCAUGUACCCACUCUCUAAUAACACUGGCUGGAUCUUAGUGUAAUUUAUGUUCAAAAGAAAUCUUAGCUGCUGUCUCUUAUCAAAUGAACCCCAAAUUAACAUUAAGGAAAACAGCCUGGUGAAAGUGUGAUAGUGGAAAGUAAUGUGUGACAAAUUUCUCCUUGAGGAAAACAAAAUACCAGGAUUUUCUCUUGCAGGGGUUUCAUCACCUACAGACUGAAAAAAAGUGGUCAUGAAAAUCAAAUAUAUGAAUGAGGUCACUUUUAUGUUUUUUUUUAAAAAUAAUAAUUUUAGAUGGGGUGUUCAUUGCAGAAAUAUAAGGCAUUCAGUACAGAAAUAUAAUGGCCUGGAUAGGAAAGAGCCCCAAUAUAUUUUUUUUCUGAGGGGAAAAAAAUGUUCACAUACACAAAUCAUACCUCAUGGCAGGCUUGUACUCAGAAAAUUCAGGUUUGCAAAUUACAUGAGUGGGUGAAUGAGUGCUCCUUACACAUUUGUUUUCAUUGAACCAUGUAAAUUUUCAUUUUUAAAUUUUUAUCUACUGCCUUGAGGUAUUAACCAUCAAAGUCCAUCCAGUGAAAAGUUCACUGGAAUAUGUGAUAUCUUUGUCACUACUGGAUUUCAUUUUUAAAUUAAUAAAGCAGGUUUUUAUUCUU